AUGCUACGCUAUCAUAAAUUCACUGUAGGACCGAUGUGCAUAGGCGAAUACGGUGAUCCAGAUAAGGCAGAUGAUUUCAAAUUUAUAUACAGCUACUCCCCGCUGCAUAACAUUCGUUAUCCCAAACGUGGACAGUGGCCUUCAACAUUGAUGAUGACAGCAGAUCAUGACGAUCGUGCGGUACCUAGCCAUACUCUUAAGUAUGCUGCAACUCUAUAUGAUACUGUGAAAGCUCACCCACAGCAAACCAAUCCGCUUUUAUUCCGCAUAGAACACGACGCUGGCCAUGGCUGUGGAAAACCGCUAAGCAAGCAAGUGAGUGAAACAUCUAGCCUGUCUUUCCUAGUGACUGGUUGCUUGUUUAGAUAG